AUGGAUACCGAUUCCCUUGAGCAACUGUACGAUCACUGCAUUGCGCACGACCAAGAUGACACCGCCCCGACCGAGAAAGAUGUGAUGAGGAGAUUCUUCGCCCACGUAAACGGCGUCAUUUCUGUUGGCGAGGUUCUCGUCGAUUCGGGACACGUCUCGGCCGACGGUAUCAUGUUUCUUCGCAAGGCUCUGAGUUCUGUUCACAAUGUUCUUGAAGACGACUCCAUCAAGCUGAGCGUGUCUUCAUUUACUCCCACCGAGAAAGCUAGCACUCAGACGAAGAAGAGAAAGACGGCUGAGAAGGACGCAAUGAUCCCUGAAUCAAUACUGCCUCCUAUCCUUCCGACGUCUGAAUAUGAUGUUAUUGUCGAAUCAACUCCUAACCCCAUAGCACCCAUAUCGCCAUCUGGAAGAGGCAAUGACUGGCUGCAACGCUGGACUAACAUCAUCAAGAAGAUUCCUUUGAACGCGACUACGGGCAAACCUGCGGUCUGGCCAAGUCUUCUCACAAAGACACUCGUUCAUACCUUUGGGUAUGAUGGAGUCAACAAUGUCAUCACCAUGGCAGAGCAGAUCAUCAACAACCUCGACAUGCUCACCAUCGACGCCACCACAUCCGCUGAUGGCGACGUAGCGUCGCCGCUACGACCCCUCGCUAUUCGGUUGAAGCAAGUCUGGGCAUCUUCCAGAGGCUCAGCAGUCACCACGGCCAAUAUCAUCUGCUAUCACAAACUUAUGGCAGAAGACUUCUCCCGUUUGGAGCAAGAUACUUACCUUCCCGAGACUGUCAUGGGUCAAGAAUGGAGUGCAAGAGAUUCCGCGCUGGCUCAAACACCACAAGCUCGGUCAAACUUCAUCAUCUCCCGUGUCUUCGCAUAUCUCAAUCCUCGCUCUUUGACACAGAAAGAGAAAGAGACUGAGUUUUCCAAGUUGAGAAAGGAGCGUACAAUGGCUCACAACGUUGGUCUAUUCGUCAAGCUUUUCGGGUUCGGGAUUGUGCCGUUGAUGGGCAAGUCUGCCUGGAAAGAAGCGUUUCCUUCGUAUGCUGCCGCAUCCUCGGAGCAGUAUCUGGUGCAAUUGCUGGAACAGUGCCCAGUACUUCGCGAAAUAUGCGAUCUUACCGACAAAAACUUCUACCAGUAUGUCCACAAGAGAGAAAAAAUCGGCCAGCUGCCCAAGAACUGCAUCAACGGGCUAUCUGUGGACGUGAGUCGACGCAACAACCACCCACUCUCGUACCUUCUUGCAGCUCCCGGUGAACUCGAAGAGACAGCUAUCCUUGUGAGUGAUGGAGCGCGCAAGAUGAUGACCAAGGAGAAGAACGAUAGCAAGAGUAGCGAAGAAAACAAUAACAGUGCAUCGGGUGUGCAAAUGGGUACUGCUGGAGAAGAACACGGUUAUCUCGCUUUCUUGGAGGGUUGA